AUGCAUCUUUUCAUUCUUCUUAUACUUCUUCAAGAAAUCAACAAAUUUGCAGCAAUGGAUCAUACUUUUCCAGACGAAUUCGGUUUAAAAACCUACAAUACACAGCCACAAGCCAUUCCAUCUAGUCCAUACCCAUCUACCCCAACCGCAGCCAAUGUCUCCGCCCGAACAAAACGGGCAAUGGCGAAUGGAGUUCAGAAAACGCUUUCGAAAACUUCUUUACUCGCCAAUUUCCUCCCAACAGGAACUCUCCUGACGUUCGAGAUGGUUCUUCCAUCAAUCUACGGUAGAGGAAACUGUUCUAAAGUCGGGACUUCCAUGAUUAACGCUUUGCUAUGUCUCUGUUCCUUGUCAUGUUUCUUCUUCCACUUUACUGAUAGUUUCAAGGGAGUUGAUGGGAAGGUUUAUUAUGGGUUAGUGACAAGGAAAGGGUUGGCUGUUUUCAAACCGGGGUUAGGAAUCGAGGUUCCUAAAGACGAGAAGUAUAAGGCGGGUGUGUCGGAUCUUGUUCAUGCUGUUAUGUCGGUUAUGGUUUUCAUGGCGAUUGCGUUUUCUGAUAAUCGGGUAACUGGUUGUUUGUUUCCGGGUUGGAGUGUAGAGAUGGAUGAAAUUAUGGAGAGUUUUCCACUUAUGGUUGGUAUUGUUUGUAGUGGUAUUUUUCUUGUGUUUCCAAAUACUAGGUAUGGAAUAGGGUUCAUGGCUGCUUGAUUAACAAAGAUUUGUUACUAGGUUUGAUUUGUUUUAGUUUAAGAAUUGAAGUAACUAUCUGUCUAAAAAUUCUAUUUGUAUUUUAUUAUGUGAAACAUAAGUUUGAGAUUCUCUAUU